AUGGAAGCGCUUGUGGCCCAGGCCAUCAGGGACACCACGACCCUUCGGAAGACGUCGGUGCCCUGGACUUUGGACGAACCUUACAACCAGGCUUACUAUGUCUUUGACCCCACAACAUCCACCUGGGUCUCCAAGUCGCCAUCAACCAGCAAUGAUAAUGAUAGUCUAGCCAUCACCGCUAUUGCGCUCUAUACGUGGAAUAUUGACUUUAUGCUUCCCUUCGCCGCAGCCCGCAUGCGACCAGCGCUGGCACAUCUUCACCAACUCACACGCCUUCUCCCUCCAAAUACUGCCCCUGUUAUCUUUCUCCAAGAAUGCACCCGUUCUGACUUGGAAACCAUUGCUGCGACUCCGUGGGUGCAAGACCAUUUCCAUCUGACCGAUAUUGACACCGCCAACUGGGCCACCACGCAGUAUGGCACUACCAUCCUUGUCAGCAGGCAGUUGCCGAUCACGUCUGUCUUUCGUGUCCACUACUCCCACACGCGCAUGGAUCGCGAUGCCCUUUUCGUCGACCUCUCCAUUGGGCUUGAGAAGAAGCGAAUCCGCCUCUGCAACACGCACCUAGAGUCCUUGGCCCUUGAGCCUCCGUACCGCCCACCACAGAUGCAACUAGUCGCUCAGUAUAUGCACCAUGAUGUGGUGGAUGCUGCGCUCGCUGCCGGUGACUUCAACGCAAUCCAGCCGUUUGAUCGCACUUUGCAUGUGGACAACAGUCUCAAGGACGCAUUCCUAGAACUAGGCGGAGAGGAAGACACCGAGGAGGGAUAUACAUGGGGCCAACAAGCAGCAACUAAACAGCGGGCGCAGUUCGGGUGUUCCAGAAUGGACAAGGUCUAUUUCCGGGGGUCGGUCAAAUUACUGAAGUUUGAGCGAUUUGGAGAAGAUAUCCUGGCAGAGGGAGACGAAGAAAGGAGGCAGAUCGUAACUCUGGGAUUCGAGAAGCCCUGGGUUACGGAUCACCUGGGGGUUAUGGCGGUAGUGGAUGUUCAACUCAGCACGAAGGGGCAGCUUUGA